AUGUACACUCUGGAGAUGGUGAUAGCGCUGCAAAGAGAGGCAUGGUCUCCCAUUUCCACCACAACCCCUGAUACCAGCAAGGCUCCCAGGACUAGAAAAACCUCCUUCUGGCAACGCUGGUCUCUUCAUAACAAGAAAAGCCCUCCAGGGGAUGUACGCUCUGGAGAUGGUGAUAACGCAAGUCUGCAGAAGAGGCUACAGAGAGAGGCAUGGUCUCCCAUUUCCACCACAACCCCUGAUACCAGCAAGGCUCCCAGGACUAGAAAAACCUCCUUCUGGCAACGCUGGUCUCUUCAUAACAAGAUAAGCCCUCAAAGUGAUGUACGCUCUGGGAAUGGCGAAAGCUUAAGUCUUCAGAAGAGCCAGCAGACAGAAGCACCCUCUCCUUCUACCAUCACAACCAGCGAGGCUCCUAGAACUAGAAAAACCUCCUACUGGAAUUGUUGGCGUCUUCUUAACAAGAAAAAGCAGAGCCAUCUCCAACAAGAUGUGGACGCGGUCACAAUCCAUUCACCCUCAGUGACAGAAAUGAGUUGUUGCACAAGUGAGAAGUCUCAGGGAGGAGAGACUGGUGUCGAGUUCAGGGCCUCACCUGUUCUUGACAGUCCUGUCUCUGCUCACCAUGAGCCGCAUCUCCAAGCAGUCCAACAAUGCUCCACCACUAUACAAUGCACUGGUGAUUUUGGGGAUGUCGAAGAUGGAGGACUGGAUGGUUUUCCUGCAUCUUCCAGAGAAGGAGACUCCCACACUGGCCAGAACAGCGGAGUGGAAGAGACUGUCUUGUCCUCUACUGCCACAGCACAGAUCAUAAACAACCAAGAGGACUGCAAAGAAAGCGAGGCUGAUGUCCAAGACAACAUCCAACCUGCGUCUUAAAGUCAAGACAAGACUCCCGAGAAAGAUUGGUAUGAAAACUGUCUAGUCUGGAUUCAGGAUGUUUGAAUAGAAUCAUGCAUAUGCACUUACACACUUAGUAUUUUUUUUCUAUUUUUCUGUUGACAAUUUCUCUGUUUCAACACUCAAUAUAUAUUUGACCUCCCUUAACUAUCACAAAAUAGUCUGCUGCAGAAUUAAAAACUAGGUACUUGGCAUAUUAUGGUCUGCAUGUUUACGUAUUAAGAAUGUUGUGUAAUUACAGACGUCUGAAUGUAUUUGCGUUCUCUUUCCAGCCCUUGAAGAGCUAACGCACCCGCCAUCAGGGC